AUGUUUCCAAAACUCGCAAUUGCCUCGCUAGGCAUACUCGCGACCUCUGUUCAGUGCAUCGAUGUAACGAUAAAUUCUAUCCUCGAUGGCGAGAUCAAAGUUGCCUCUACUCAGCUCGACAAAAUGAACUUUCUGUUAAACAGCAACCUGACUUGGUUUUUUGAUUUUACUACGCAGCCCCACUACACCUAUACGCCAGGUGCCGUCGUCAACGCCGAUGCUGCUACAUUCCCUGCUUCGACUAGUUACGGUAUGACGAUGGCUUUGAUUAACUUGGGACCAUGUGGAAUGUUACCUCCUCAUUACCACCCACGAGGCACGAACUUUGUAGUGGCAGUCGAGGGUGUGACGCAGACGUGGAUGAUUGAGGAAAACGGGGCGAAGGUUGUUAACCAAACACUGAGGCCAUGGCAGAUGACAAUCUUUCCGAGAGGAAGUAUUCACAGUUGUACUAAGGCUACUCUUGUAUCGGCGCUGAAUUCGGAGGAUGCAGGCACACAGAACAUUCUUAAUGGACUUGCACAGUUGCCACCGGAUAUAAUAGCUGCGGCUUUUGGUAAUCCAGCGGCAGGGUUCAAUCUUCCACCUAUACCAGAAGUAGGCACCGGUAGUAUAAUUGGAUCUGCGGCCUGCCUAGCAGCUUGCAGGGGGAAAAUGUAA